AUGAAAAUCCACGAAUUAUUUGCUGAAGAUCCUUUGCUAUUUGAAAAGAUAUGCGAGCUGCUUAAAACAAAAGAAAAAGAAUUAAUUCGAAGUAUAAUCAGCAUAAUGACUGGAGAUUUCGCUAUAAAGCUUUUAGAGCAAACUUUAGAAAUUGAAGAUAAUGGUGGUUUAUUUAAAGAUAACUGAGAAAAAAGAUCUUUGAGAGGAGUUUUCUUUUAUUUAUUAAAGCAAAACACAACACCAGCCCAGCAAAAAUUAAUCUUUAAUCCAGAGACACAAGAAAAAAAGAAAAGAUAUAAAGAAAGAAAAAGAUUAAUUAUGAAACUAAAAAGCCUCUCUAGACAAGAUGAAGCAGAAGAAGGCGGUAAACCCCUUCAUUCUUUGUGGGAUAGAUUAAGCAAAGCUUCAGAAGAGCUACCAACUUUUAAAUUGUCACCUGGUAUUUUAUCAAUUAAUCAACUAAUAAAAUAA